CAAAAUAUGUUUUGCGAUCGUUAUGUUGAACAUUAUGUGAAAUAGAUAUUGUUCUCGCGGAACGCCAAAAGAAGUCGUAAGAAGUCGUUUUCGUCGCACUUCGCUGAUCGUGCUUCAGAGAGUUCAGUCUUCUCAAGGACUUGCUCAAUUUUGCUCCGAAUGAAGCUCUUGAGAGUGGCCUUGCUAACUGGAAUUCCACACACAGACUGGUGAGCGUCUAUUGUAUCUUCGCUGUCACGGAAGAACUGCAAAUCUUGCUCGCUGACUUUUUCAGGGUCCAUAGCUGCCCAAGUGAUCCAGUUUCGCUGGCAGAGCUCCUCCGAAUCAAUGAAGCUUGCUCGUAGAGUCUUGUUCUUUCUCGAGAAACAGAUACGGAGCAUGCCGUCUAGCUCCUGAAUGUUGGCAGCAGGCACUUCUGGUCGUGGCUCAAGUCUCACGACAACGGAUUCGACUUCGGGUGGCGGCGAGAAGUUGUUCUUACCGACCUUGGCGAUCAGGGCGACUUUGGAGGUGAAUUGUGUGUUGACCGAAAGACGAGAGUAUAAGGAAUCGCCAGGUCGAGCGCAUAACCGCAGUCCAAAUUCUCGCUGGACCAUAAGAAUGCUGACGCGAGGAGGUCGAGGCAGAGAGAUGAGCUUGGAGAUGAUGAUGGACGAAAUCUGGUAUGGGGUAUUGCUAAUGCAAACGUCGAACGGUGGGAGUGCUUCUGGGAGAUCCAAUUUGGCGAAAUCACCCAUAAUGAUUUCCAACUUUUGCUGCUCGGGCUUGCCUUGGACUCUUUUUGUUAAUUCGGCUCCCAUGCGUAUGUCGAGCUCUACGGCCUUGACCGCUUUGGCUUGUUCUAGAAUGCGUGUGGUGAGAACGCCGGUUCCAGGACCGAUCUCGAGGACGGUGUCGGUGGGCUUGAGGUUUGCCUUUGCGACAAUCAUAUCGGCGAUGCCAGGGUUCUUCAGAAUGUGCUGGCCAAUAUUCGUGUUGUAUUUGAAUAUGUUCUUGCGUUCAGGCUUAUCGUAUGGUCCCUUGCGGGCGCCACCGCGCCUGCUAUCUGACGAUUUCGGCAUUGUGUUCUUGACUGGUGGGGCACCCAGCGAUUAUCUUUUUAGUGGGUUAUGAUAUGCGGAAUAACCGCUACUCCGUAUGCUAUGCACAUGGCGUUACCAUCCCAGUCUCUACAAGAUAGCAUUGCCUUGUCUAUAUCGAAGAGCCAAAGCAUUAUUAGAAAGGAUUUGACUUAGCUCUUGAAGUUUAAUCUAGGUAUAUAGACAAGGACAUCAAGUCUGGCUCCAGUCACCUGUCUGGUAUCACCCAUGGUUGGACAAGAAUCUCAGUCACGAGCUACGUGCCAGAGCACAGUUGUUAUCGCUACAACUAAAGACAAUCCACAUCCUACUGCCUAUGUCUGGUAAGCCGCUAUAAACAAUCAAAAGAACAAGUGAUCGACAGUGACCUUCCUAGGUUGUAAGGCUGUUGCUCGUUGGUU